AUGGUUAGAACUAUAAAAAUCUCAAAUGUUCCUAUUGAAGCCACUAAUAGUGAUAUUGAGAAAUUCGUAGAAUUAUCUAGCACUCAAUUCUCUAUUGACAGAUUUGAGCCUCCAGUCGUCACUGUCCUCUUUGAAGAUGAUAGUGAUGCUGAGAAAGCACUGUUCUUAAACGGAAUGGAAAUUCUAGGUGUAUCUGUCACUGUAGAAUUUUACAAUGAAGAGGAUAUAGAUAAAGAUUAUCAUAUACUUUCUGCUCAGUCUAUUGACCUCAAAUUCUCUGAUGAAAUCCCCCCAGCAAUUUAUGAAGAGAAAAAGCCAGAAGUUAACUUACUCUCCCCCCUCCGUGUGAAUAAAAAAUUUUGUUCACUCAAGGAGGUGGUUAAUUUUUUUUUAAAAAUAAUUGAGAAGCAAAAAUUAAUUUAAUUUGCAAAAUUUAUGUUUUAAAAAUGCAAGCUAAUUAUCACUUAUAUAAAAAUAUUUUUUUCAUAAAAAAAUAUAAUGGGAGUUGGGUAAAAAUAGGAUUUUUCCAAUGGUUUUGUUCGGUCACGGAGGGGGAAUUAGAGAAAGCCCAAAAGAAGUCCAAGCCAACUCCUGACAAAUUUGAUGAGCCUGCUAAGCAGAGAUUACAAAAUGUGUCACUUCCUGCUCGAAGAAAAUUGGAUGAAAAAGACCCUUUUUCGAUCAUAAUGAAUGUGAGUGUGUCUGGAGUUGUUGCAUUUACCACCUUGGUGUACCUGACACUCUCCAGCUUUUGGGCUUAA